AUGGUGGAAAUAUUCGCAGAGCGGUAUCUACGAACACCUAACGCUAACGAUAUUGCUAGGCUACUCUAUAUUGGACGUAGUGGGUCACCAACUAUUAUCCUUGAAGCUGUGGCAGAUUAUGAUCUUUGGAUAUGGUACGCAUAUUUUGGUAUGUCAGGCACCAAUAAUGAUAUCAAUGUGCUGGAUUCAUCUAAUCUUUUCUCUAAUCUAGCUCAAGAUAUUGCUCCUCCCGCUCACUAUGUUAUUCAAGGAAAAGAGUAUAAUAUGGGUUAUUAUUUAGCUGAUGGUAUAUAUCCAAAAUGGGCUACUAUUGUACAAACAAUCCAACAGCCACAAGGUAGGAAGAAAAAAUAUUUUGCCAUGAAACAGGAAGCAUGUAGAAUAGAUGUAGAAUGUGCGUUCGGAGUUCUCCAAUCUCGAUUUGCAAUUGUGGCAGGAUCAGCACAUGAACGUGACCUUUAUGCACCAAUUCAAGAAGUAAGGGAAGCACCAACACCAGAAGUUGAUAUUGUAGCAGAUGAAACUACAAGAUUUACUCAAUUUAUUGCACGUUACAGACAAAUCAAGGAUAAAGAUGCUCAUAUUACGCUUCUUUCUGAUAGAAUUGAUCUUAAUUGGGAAAUGCUCUUUAGAUUUAAUUGGGGAGUAGAAGAGUUGGAAAUAUCUUUCACUUUGGAAGAAAUCAAGAGUGCUGUUUUUGACAUGCACAGUGAUAAGUCUCCAGAACCUGAUGGGUUUUCUGCUAUUUUUUAG